CAGCUGCUUUUGUCAAAUCUCAACAACACUCAACAAUUUCCGAGCUCCGAGGUGUCAUAAUAAACUCGCAAUUCGUAAAUCGAAAUACAUGCGUUGUGUAUUUGUAUUGAUAAUGACAACUUGGUAAUAUUGAUAGGUAUUUUAUCGCUGAUAAAUUCUAUAAAUUGCCAUUUCAGUGCCAGGUGUCUUGUAGCAAUGUUGUGUUUAAGUUGCGAAAUAUGUUUCGUCGAUUCUGGGGUCUGAGACGACGGUUAAGAAUGCCUCUCGGAGAGGCUGGGGAUCAAUAUUCUGUAUGGGUGGGCUUAAUAUAUAUAUUUAAUUUGAUAGUGGGCACUGGAGCGCUCACACUCCCAGCAGCAUUUGCUCGAGCAGGAUGGGGCCUAAGCACCAUAUCUCUGGUAUUCCUGGCAUUCAUGAGCUUUAUGAACGCCACAUAUGUUAUAGAGACUAUGGCUUGUGCCAAUGCUGUUUUCAAAUGGAAGCGGCUUCAAUCUAUUCAGAGAGAAAGUAUACAAGAGCAGGAUUCGGAAGAUGAGACAGCAUCACGUAACUACGGCGAGUUGGAAGAGCCGCUUGUCUGCGGCGAGACGAUACCGUCGCGAUACUACAGCCUGGACCGGCGCGUGGAGCUCGGGGAAAUGGCGAAUCUGUUCCUCAACAGGACCGGCCGCACCAUGUUCUACUGCACGCUGUGUGUGUACCUGUAUGGGGACUUGUCGAUAUACUCCGCCGCUGUUGCCAAGUCUGUCAUGGAUGUUAUUUGCUCCACAGUGCCCAACACGACGAGCAUAAACGAUUGGGAGCAAGUCCCGUGCUUCAACGUGUCGUCUGUGGAGCACGGAGUGUACACGCGGCUCGACGUGUACCGCGUCGCGUUGCUCACCUUUGUGGCCGUCAUGGGACCUUUCGUGUUCUUCAACGUGCAGAAGACGAAGUAUCUGCAGCUGCUGACGUCGCUCAUGCGGUGGCUUGCAUUCUCAAUAAUGAUCUCGAUGGCCAUCUACUUGCUGAUUGGUAAAGGCCCGCAAGGACACCCGCCCGCAUUCGACUUCACAGGGAUGCCGACGUUGUUCGGCGCAUGCGUGUACUCGUUCAUGUGCCACCACUCUCUGCCGGGACUCAUCAGCCCCAUCAGAGGGAAGAACCACAUCGGUUUGCAUCUAGCUCUCGACUACGCUCUCAUAAGCAUAUUCUACCUCCUCUUAGCAUUCACGGGCGCGUUCGCGUUCGCGCAACUCAGCGACCUCUACACGUUAAAUUUCGUACCAACGGACAAUGAAAACAUACUUCUUGAAAUUGUUGAAUAUUUUUUAGCUCUCUUCCCCGUGUUCACUCUCUCUACCAGUUUCCCUAUUAUCGCUAUAACGUUAAGGAAUAAUUUGCAGUCCUUGUGUCUGGACACGAGCCGUUUGGAGUCUUAUAACUUUUUGUUGAGGAAAUUGUUGUUUCCAGUUGUAACUGUUGUGCCGCCGUUGUUGCUAACGUAUUACCUGGAGGAUAUAAGUGUACUUAUAGAAUUCACCGGUUCUUAUGCCGGCACCGGAAUUCAAUAUCUGAUGCCUACGUUUCUGGUGGUGUCCGCUAGGCGUCACUGCAUUGGUUUGUUAGGCUUGGGUGUGGAGAACAAAUAUAAAAGCCCAUUUGCGAACGCGGCGUGGGCGAUAUUCGUUCUUCUGUGGUCGUUUAUGUGUAUAGUGCUUGUGUCUGUGCAUAUAUUCGAGAAAAAAUACGUUGACUUUAACUAAAGAUGCUAAAGAUGCUAACAGGAACAAAAGACAAUACUAAGGGCCGCGAACACAAUUUUAUGGGCAUAAAAAUUCUCUUCCAUUUAUGUAGUCGCAAUACGGAAUUGAUAUUUCUAUUGAAUUUUCAAGUUCUCGGCCCUUCUAUAAAAUCAUUCGCAUAUUUAAAAUUUACUAUUAUAUUUUUUACAUAUGGCAACAUUUUUUGUAAUGUAGUUAAAAAAUAGCGUUUCGUAAUAUUUAAUGAACUAUUAAUAACUAUUUUGAAACGUUACAAUUUUUGUGUCAAUAACAAUGCAUGUUGUAUCGCAAUUAAUUAUUAAGUACUAUAAUGUAUGGUUGGAAUCAUACGGCCUUUUCUAUAAGACCUAUUAGGUAUUUUAAGGCUCAUCUGUCUAAGAACGGGUGGAUAUACGCACACUGCGACCGUUUAAUUAUAGAAAUAAGUUAGUGCUAUACAGUCUUACUUAUAAAAAAAUCACAAAGCUAUGCUUAGUUAAAACAAAUUUACUCGAUCAGCUGUAAGUCAAAACCCGCCAUCUAGCCUCAUAAUAAGGUUUAAACUUGGAAAUCGGUGAUGUUUUUGACAGCUAUUUAAUCAAUUCUUAACGCUAAAACAAGUUUAUAAGUAAGACUGAUAAUGUCCAAAGAACUUCCUUUUUUGUAAUAAAACCUAUCUUAGUGUGUUAGUUAGGUUUCAGUGGCGUAUAGAGUUAAGUCGAUUACGUAUAUAAUGAAGUAACAACGGAUACAGUAUGAGUGAUGACAACAUAAAGACUGGUAUGAUAGUGUAACUAUUGGACAUAAGACUUAACAUCUCAUGUCUUAGGAUGGCGAGCGCAGUGGAAUACCGAACAAUACUAUCUAAUUCAAGGUAUUUAAUGGUGUUUCUACUGUUUAUGGGCAGUCGUAUCGCUUACCAUCAGGCGAACGGCAAGCUCGUCUCGUCAUGCAAAGCAGUAAAAAUAAGAAAAAAAAAGUAAACUUUUGCAGAUGUAAAUUGCAGUGUCAACUCGCAAAAGUAAAUACAUAACAUGCCACGUUUCUAGAUUUUCAACGCUCGCGCAUUAUCUACAGGGUUCACGCGCUCUUAUUGGCGGAACGCACAUGUCGCGUCAUCGGGAGCCAAUGACAGUGAAUCCCCGAAGUAACCCGAGGUUCAACCGAAGUUGACAAUGCCCGUUACACUGGCUAAAAUACCGCAUUAUGAUUUCGCAAAUAUUUCAUUCUUAGUUAAUUAUUUUUUUAACUUAAAAAUUUUCACAACCAAGUUUCGUUUAUUACAUAGUUCAAUGCCUUAAAUGUGUUUUAAGAUCGUACUCAAAGGUGAGGUAUUGGUUUAUUACUAAGGCCCUAAGAUUCUGAAAACUAUUCUGACAUAUUAAUCUAUAGUUAGGUAAAAAAAGUUAGUCUUACAUAUAAAGAGAACAGGUUGCCAAAAACUACAAGCCGUUUAAUCUGGCGAAUAUUGUUUUUCGGUUAAGUAAAGAUAAAAAUGUUAAACAUACGAGAUUCCCUAGAUCCCUUAAUUUUGCGAUGUUUACCAGGGUGGUACUGGUUAAAUUAACUACAGAAAAAAGUGUGCAAAAGUUGGUAGUUUUACUGUUGCGUUACAUACGGUCCAUUGACUGACAUCUUUUGAUUACCAGAGAUCUCAUAAUUCCUUUCUCUAUUGCUCUUUCGCAAGUUCAUUGGCGUAUUCACAAUUCUUCUAGCAUCCUAAUUAUUACCAUAUGAUCGGCUACAGAGUAAACACAAUCAGAGUAAUAAGACUAGCAGAUUCUUUUGCAUUUAGGAUGCGCAAGGAUAUCAUGGGAAAAUUUACACACUUUUAGCUGGUAGGAUAUAUUUUAUAUCCGAACGGAUAGCGACUGCCGAGGGGUAAUCAUCUCUCGUCAGUCAAUAUUGUAUUGGACCCCUCUCCACUUACCAUCAGGUGCGCUAGAGUCACUUAGCCGUGCAAUUAUAAAAAAAAAUCGUCACUGUUAUGAGUAAUGACACUUUACCUACUUGGAAUUAUAAUUAUUAAUAACACCAUGCAACGUCUAGAGAUCUCAAAAUGAUUUGCCUUCAUACGUGCUACCCACUUUUAACGGUGGGCAAAGGGUAGGUGAACGCGGCAACCACCCAGGGCCUCGCGCUUCGAGGGACUUCGUGCUAGCAAGGGGCUCAAUGUAAGGAACCUUGCCCACCUUCCGCAAUCGGGUAGAAAGGCCUCGCAAAGGUCUGCCAGAGUCUCGUGAUAGUUAGCCGCCAUUUCCCAUUUUCAUUACAUCUGUUUGAAUGGUACCACGUAUUGGCUCUUUUGUAACUGCUUUGAUUCUACCAUUUCAAACGUUGGACAUUAAUGAAAUGUGGAAUUGUAAAAUUAUGUUGUCGUUUUAUGAGGUUGUCGAGGCCGCUAUAGUUCCUAGAUAUGAGAAAACUAAAUUUUACUAAACCAAAAAUAUAUGCUUUCGAAAGAAUAGUCUUGAUGUUACCCAAAUGGAUUGAUUCCGAAAUUAUAUCGAGAUAUGAAAAUGUUUUAAUAAAUGUAUCCCGAUCAAACUGAAAUGUUUAAAAACUAUGCUGUCCAUAUUGAAUUGUGUUAUUUUUGUUAUAUUUUGUUUUCUUUUUUAGAUAGUUUAUGUUCAUACUAAUUUGUAAUAUUUAAAAUUAGAAAAGUUGAUUAUUUGGCUUCAAAAAUGAUUCAAUCUCUAGCAAUAAGUACUAAGUUUCGAACAAGGUAAUUCACACUAAAUGAAAUGUCUCUUUUCAUAUAAAUUUAAUUGCCUCUUAUUAACUGUAACUACUAUCUCUGUAAUAAUUUAAACUCUGUGAUAUUUUUAUUACAACACGUAGAAUUUAGUAAUAAAGAUGAAAUUUAAAUUGAGUCAUUUGAUUUUAUUUUUGUUUAAUAAAUCAAAACUCGAAAUUAAUUAUGUAAUUUUCCGCACAAAGUCUGUUAUGGUAAAAAAAACGGUCCUUUUAUUUUUUUCUGUGAUAAAAUAUCUGUAUUAAAAUAUAAAUUUGUUGUAAACAAAUCGAAUGACUGACAAUGUGUAAAGUGAUUCAAUAUUUUUGUAAUAAAUAAAAUUGUGUGAUUUGAUUGA